AUGCGCUCGGCACAGGAGCGAGCAGUGUUUCAGGUGAAGGACUCCCAUGAGUCAGCCAUGGAUGUGAGCGAAGACACCGUGGCAAGGAGGCUUGGGGCCACUAACAGAACAUGUUUGUAUUUCAUCAUCACCACCCUGGUUGCAUUACUCGUCUUUGCCUUAGCCACCAUCAUGGUCUUAGUCAUUCAGAAGACGGCAGCUGAUCCUGCUGCAGAGGGCAUUGCAAAACCAAUCAGGAAAGGGACUGCUUCUGAAGAAUAUUUAGGCAUCCUACUGAAUGUCGCUCCCAAGGAAGCUGCUGCGUACAUGAGAGUGUCCAGACCUGUAAAUGGUUCGAAAGUGAGCUUGGCAGAGAAGAGCGUUUGUGAAGGCAUCCACUGCAGGAGCGAUGAGCUGGUGAUAAGGAAGGGAGGCCUCUACUUGAUCUACUGCCACUUGAACUUUCACUUUCCCAGCAAUGCAAACAGCCCCACCGACCUCAAGAUGGAAUUCCUUGUGAAUGACAAAGUCAGCAGGCAAACACUGUCCACAUGGUGCGCGUCAGAAACGUGCCAAGAAAAGACUUUCAAGACCUUGUUCCAGCUUCACUUGACACACCUGAAGGUGAACGACCGACUAGCAGUAACACUGAAUCAUCCCAGAUUCCUGAAUGAAAUCUCUCUUCCCAAUGAAAACGUCCUUGGGGUCCUGAGGUACAGCGAGGAAAUGUGA